AUGCCUAGAUUCUCGUCGCGUGGGGUUUCUGUUGACGAUCUCGGCGGAUAUUACCGACAAAGUCGAUGGCCGAUGCGCCUUUCUGACGUUCGCAGAAAAAAAGGCCGAUGGGUGAAUGGAAGUCGAGGCUAUGCCCUCGGGGUUUGUGGCGAGUCUUGCUACAGGAUCACCUCAUUGCGAAGACCGCAACCCAACAGUGCCUUCUGCGAAGAACGAAGACUACCGACGGCUAAGGAAGUAUGCCUCUAUGGUAGCAUUAUCCUGCUGGUUGCUGAUACACGUUUUCCCGGUGAUCCUGUCGUCAUAGGUUACACAAUACAUGCAGAUUAUCGCAGCCUCAUAAUCCAACUGUUGUUCAUAGCACAAUAUCUGACCACGGGGUUGUCAUAUGAGUGGGGACAAGUCACAUCGGGAAUCCGGUUCACUCAGUCACUUUCUUUCCAGUCCUACAAAGGGUCUUGCCCAACUCCGCUUCCGCAGGUUUGUGUCAAACUACCUGUAACAAGCCUCGGGACGAGCGCUCUUCUGAGAAAGAAACGUUUUAUCAUGAAAGAACAACAGCAGACACAGACUGAACUGCCGAUCUCGCGAUACCAUCGAACCUUGGCCGCGCAUUGCAACCUGCCUUUGCGUGUCAUCCGUGCCUGCGGCAUGCUCAGAUUUCCGAAACCAUGUUUUGAGCUAGGCCUGACUUUGUUGAAGAUCGCAAGUCCACUCCGAUGGCCAGGGUUGAUUGCCACCACCAGACGUGGCACACUUGGUACAGUGGUGGGCGCCUGCGCCCUGCGAUUGGCCGGGCUCAUUGAGAACAGGUUGAUGUGA